AUUCAUACAAAAUUUUCAGAGAAACCAACCCGUAGCUCAAUUCAGUUUUGUUAUCUUGGUGGACUACUCGCGUUAAUGAAGGAAGGUUGAAAAAUGUGGUGACCUGCAAAUUACACUAUCUUUGAGGAAUUUUGAAAACUUCGGCAAAAGUUCUUACUCACAAGUCGACGACGUAUUAUGUGAGUUUCUAGAAGAUGUACCUACAAGUAACAUAUUUCAACAUUAUCAACUCUUUCUCAAAAGAAGGCCUUCCAUUGGACGCCUUCUCACUUACAAGUAUUAGGAGGACCAUAAACCAUUUGAACCAAUCACGUGCCGAUCGCUUAACCUCGGCAGAAAUAAAUCGUGGGGAAACCAAACAAGCUCCAAGCUAGGUAAAGACUAAACUCCAGCCAUAAGAGUACAUACAGUACAUGAUAGACAUCAAAGACUCUCAAUCCAACAAACCCACACAAAAACCCAACCAUGUCCGGCCUCCGAAUACUCGUCCCCGUAAAACGGGUAAUCGACUACGCAGUACGUCUCCAACCCCCCACCAAUUCCCCCUCCUCCCUCUCAAAGAAAGGGCAAAAAUCAUAAUGACGAGGACUACAGGUCAAACCCCGCGUCAACAAGGCCCAAACGGCCGUCGAAACCGCCGGCGUAAAACACUCCAUGAACCCCUUCGACGAGCUCUCCAUCGAAGAAUCCGUGCGAAUCCGCGAGAAGAAAUCCCACCCGCUCGGCGUCCACGAAAUCAUCGCCUUCACCGCGGGGCCCCCCAAAUCCGCCGACAUCCUGCGCACCGCCAUGGCCAUGGGCGCCGACCGGUCGAUCCACGUCGAGACCAAGGAGGGGGAUGAGAUUGAACCCCUCGGCGUGGCGAAGCUGUUGAGCGCCGUAGUAAAAAAGGAGAAGAUUGAUUUGGUGGUGCUGGGGAAACAGAGUAUUGAUGAUGAUGCGGGGCAGACGGGACAGAUGCUUGCGGGACUGCUGGGAUGGCCGCAGGCUACGCAGGCGAGUAAGGUGGGGUUUGAGGGGGAGAAGGGGGUGCUGGUUGAGAAGGAGGUGGAUGGGGGGAUUGAGACGGUUAAGAGCAAGUUACCGAUGAUUAUCACGGCUGAUUUGAGGCUGAAUGAGCCGCGGUACGCCAGUCUGCCAAAUAUCAUGAAGGCGAAGAAGAAGAAGAUUGAGAAGAUCAGUGCGGCGGAUUUGGGAGUCGAUGUUGGAAGGAGGUUGAAGACUCUGAAGGUUAUUGGUAAGUUUUCCACGCCGCGUUUAUUUCUUUCUCGCUGAAAAUGAGGGAUGAAAUGCUAAUUGGAUACGCAGAACCACCACCGAGACAGGGAGGUGGAAAGGUGGAUGAUGUCGAUGGUAUGAUUGCUAAAUUGAAGGAAUUGGGAGCGAUAUAAAAACAGUACACAAAACAGUGUACGUUAGAUGGUAUGGCGUUGGGUUGUACAUAUUUAUUUGAUCAAUACGGCCUAGAU